UGGAAGCUGAACCUUCGUCCAGAGAAUGUGGACCGAAUAUAAGAUCUUAAUCUUCUCCUAUCUGGUGGCAGAACUCUGUGCUGAGACCCAUUCUUUAUCACAAAGAGAAGUGGAUCCAGGACCAUAUUUCCCUCGAAAUCACACCAUUUCUGAAGGUGCUCGUCACAAAAGGGCCAUUUUCCGAGGGCAAUACUGUAGACUCUUUGGCUGUUGUGAAGACAGAGAUGAUGCCUGUGUCACUCCGUUCUAUGAAGUCAAUGCAUUGUGUUACUGUGACAGCUUUUGUGAAAGGGAAAAUCCUGAUUGCUGUCCUGAUUACAAGUCAUUUUGCCGUGAAGAAAAAGAAUGGCUUCCUCUCAAACAGCCUUUAGAUCCAGAAGGUUGCUCCAGAGGUAACCAACAUUAUGAAGAAGGAUCAGUAGUUAAGGAAAACUGCAACUCCUGUACAUGCUCAGGACAGCAAUGGAAAUGUUCCCAGAAUGUGUGCCUUGUUCAUCCGGAGUUAAUUGACCACAUAAAUAAAGGGGACUAUGGAUGGACAGCACAGAACUAUAGCCAAUUCUGGGGAAUGACUUUAGAAGAAGGGUUCAAAUUUCGCCUUGGCACCUUGCCACCUAGCCCUAUGCUUCUGAGCAUGAAUGAAAUGACAGCAUCUUUUCCUGCCAAAGCCGAUCUUCCUGAGGUUUUCAUUGCUUCUUAUAAGUGGCCUGGAUGGACUCAUGGUCCAUUGGAUCAAAAAAACUGUGCUGCAUCCUGGGCUUUUUCCACUGCAAGUGUGGCAGCUGACCGGAUAGCAAUUCAGUCCAAUGGCCGAUACACGGCCAAUCUCUCCCCUCAGAAUUUGAUCUCUUGCUGUGCCAAGAACCGCCAUGGAUGCAACGGUGGAAGCAUUGAUAGGGCUUGGUGGUUCCUGAGAAAACGUGGACUGGUAUCUCACGCAUGCUACCCACUUUUCAAGGACCAAAACACAACCAAUAAUAUCUGUGCUAUGGCAAGUAGAUCAGAUGGACGGGGGAAACGGCAUGCCACAAAACCAUGCCCCAACAGCUUUGAGAAAUCCAACAGAAUCUACCAAUGUUCUCCCCCAUACAGAGUCUCUUCCAAUGAAACAGAGAUUAUGAGAGAAAUCAUACAAAAUGGACCAGUUCAGGCCAUAAUGCAAGUCCAUGAGGAUUUCUUCUACUAUAAGACAGGGAUAUACAGACAUGUCAGCACAAAUGAAGAAUCAGAAAAGUAUAAAAAACUUCGGACACAUGCAGUUAAACUCACUGGAUGGGGCACAAUGAGAGGAGCACAAGGGAAGAAAGAAAAAUAUUGGAUUGCUGCCAAUUCUUGGGGAAAGUCGUGGGGAGAGAAUGGCUAUUUUAGGAUUCUUCGAGGAGUAAAUGAGUCUGACAUUGAAAAAUUGAUUAUCGCAGCAUGGGGCCAACUGACAAGUUCAGAUGAUCCAUAGCUAUCAAAUUCCCAUAAGGUCAUGCAUUUAAGAACUCAUUAAAUUGAAUUUUAGCAAUGUAAGAUUCUCUGCAUCAAUGGAAGGGUUGCAUUUUUGUUCUGUGCAUAGAACAGUCCUUAUUUUCUUAUUUU